UCUGCUGCGUGCGUAUGCGCUGGACCAGCCAAACCGUACCAACUGCGCCUAGAAUACCUCGAGAAUCCCAUUGGAAUGGACGUUUCUCGACCUCGAUUCACUUGGGCUCUAGAUCACUCCGACCGUGCAGAGAGUCAGUCUGCUUACCAGAUCACCGUCUUUCGCGCAAACACUAGGUACAAACGCCAGCCUGGCGACGUCGUAUGGAAUUCGGGAAGAGUGAAUUCAAGCAAGUCAGCAAACGUCGAAUACAACGGACAGUCGUUGUUGAGCGCCUCGAGAUAUUUCUGGAACGUAACGUACUGGGAUUCGAAAGGAGUUGCGUCUCCAUCGAGUGACAUUGCAUACUUUCAUACGGGACUGUUUGAGCAGUCUGAUUGGCAGCGUUGGACUAGCACCGUUUGGCUUGACGGCGAAAAAGGAAACCAGCUGAGAACAGUAGUGGGCGUCACCUUUGAAAAAACCCUGGCUGCUGCGCAUGUGUAUGUUAUGGGUUUGGGAUAUUAUCAUUUACGUAUCAAUGGACGGAAGGUUGGUGAUGCAUUUCUUGGUCCAUUCACAACGUUCGAGUCUCGGUUGCUGUACGACGUUCAUGACCUAACUGAUAUAAUUGUUCCUGGAUUAAAUGCUAUAGCCGUAAGCUUGGGUCACGGUUGGUAUGCUCAGCCCACUGUCAAAGUUGGAGGAAGAUGUCUAUUGUUUCUACUUAUUUUGGAAUACGAUGACAACAGUGUAGUGGCCCUAGGAUCGAGCAAAAACUGGAAGCAAGUUCGUGGACCAAUAACACUAGACGAUAUCUACAUUGGAGAAACUUACGAUUCUCGUCUGCAAACCGUAGGAUGGGAUAUGCCGGAUUUUGACGAUCGCUCUUGGGCCCAAGCUGAAGUUCUCACGUCUCCUCCAACUGGGCAGCUGAAUGUAUCAAUGAUUCCUCCCAUACGAACAGUUGAGACGUUUGCUCCCAAGGCAAUACAUCAGCCAGAACCCGGAAAAUUUGUGUUUGACUUUGGUCAAAAUAUGGCUGGUCAUUGCUCUCUUCACCUCUCAGAAGGCGGUGUUUUAGGAUCUAAUGUUACUCUUUUACAUGCAGAGAUGAUUUACGAAAACGGGUCUAUUCAUCAUCUUUAUCCAAAUUCGCCAGAGUUGAAUGUCUAUAUAUUUGAUGGAUCAAAGACGGCAAUAGACUAUGAGCCUCAGUUUUCUUACUAUGGAUUUCGCUACGUUCAGGUGACAGGAUUUCCAGGAGCUCUCACCAAGGACUCGGUGUUGGCUCAUUUCACGCAUACUGACGUUGAACAAUGGAGCAAUAUCGUAUUCAGCGACAAUUACGAUGUACUUAACAAAGCUCAAAAUUGCACUAGAUACUCCAGUCUUUCAAACCUGCAAAGUAUACCUACAGGAUGCACUCAACGCGAGCGAAGAGGAUGGACUGGAGACGCACAGUUGUCAGCAGAGUUCACUAUUUACAAUUUUGAUAUGGCAGCUUUGUAUUCAAAGUGGAUGCGAGACAUGAGAGAUUGUCAAUUGCAUCUAGAUAUUACGAGAAAAAGCAACGGAGCGAUACCAGAUUGUGUGCCAUAUUAUAAACAUGGCGGUUUACCUGGCGAUCCUGCUUGGUCUAUUGCAUACCCUGCUAUUACAUAUUGGGUUCACACUUAUUAUGACGAUAAUGGAAUAGUUACGGAAAAUUAUGAAGGACUAAAAGCUCAUCUCGACAACACCCGAAAGCUAGUUAACAACAGCACGGGCAUACUGAGUUACUCACGUUAUGGAGACUGGUGUGCUGCUGCCAUUCCAGAACAAGUGGGAUGCGACUAUAAAAGCGCCCUUGUGUCGACAUUUUAUCUGAUACUAAAUCUCGAUCUCGUUUCAAAAAUGGCUCUUGUUGUUGGUCAAAGCUCGGAUUCAGAGUUGUAUGCAAAAGAAGCAGACGAGAGAAGGAAACAGUUCAAUGCUGCAUUCUACAACGCUUCUUCACAGAUGUACAGCGACGGCAAGCUCAGUCUGCAGACAGCUCAAGCACUAGCUUUACAGAUCGGCGCAGUGGAACCAUCUAACUUAGCUACCAUAACAAAUAGCCUUCUAGCUGCUGUUCACAACAAAAAGGAUCAUCUAGACACAGGUAUAAUUGGUACAAAGUACCUUCUUCCUGCUCUCACGGAGAAUGGCAAUUUUGAUCUGGCGUUGACCAUUGCGACGCAAUCAACGACUCCAGGUUGGGGCUGGUGGGUAAGCCAACACGCAACGACGUUGUGGGAAAGUUGGUUUGCGACAGAAUUCGAACCGACUCCAAACGGAUUGCAAUCAAGGAACCACAUCAUGUUUGGGUCUCAAGGUCCGUGGUAUUACCAAGCUGUAGCUGGUAUUAACAGAAGUCCAAAUUCUGCGGGAUGGAAAAUGCUAGAAAUUCAUCCACGGAUAACUAACACAACGAAAAUUUACGAAGUUUCUGCAACAGUGGGGACCCACAAGGGUAACAUUCAAUCUGCAUGGAAUCGAUUUUCUACUAUUGAAGAAUCAGACUCGAAUACUCUCGUCUUUCGUCAUGCCAUUCGAAUACCUAUUGGAGUUAUGGCUACAGUACACGUCCUCACGUUUGAGUAUGCACCGCAAAAGGUCAACAUUACAGAGAGCGGUCGUCUUGUGUGGUGCAAUGGCAAGUUUCUGCCAGGACAAGUAGGUGUGACCCAAGGAGGCACAGGAGUAGGAGACAUCGUGUUCACAGUAAUGUCUGGCUCUUAUCAGUUUGAAGUCAUCCGACUUCAAUAAUACGGACUUUGUUACGAGUUUCGCAACUUUAGUACACCUUGGUACUUUGAGAUGUCGUAAGUGCCUAACUGUGUAUAAACGUUGUUGAAAAUAUUGCAGAAGCUCAAAUAAAGGCGCGCAACUCAAGAUAAAAAGAUA